AGUAGUCACAGUCAUUUACAGAUGGUGAUUGUGGAUUGUGGCCACAUAAAAAAUAUAUAUAAAUAAAAAGAGGUGUUCGUGUUUUAUUUAUGUUGUUCCACAGCAUUACGGCCCACCCCAGAAAAUAGUAUCACUUUUCUGGGAUUAAGGUUUACAAUUUACAUUCACAGCUAGGUCUGGAACACAAACAUGAAAUAAUAAUUAUUUAUAGUCGAAGAACAUAACUACAUAUUCUUUUUUGUGCCAAACUGUCAACCCUUUAAAAAACAUUUAAAUUAGUGAAGAAAAAUGGACCAAGUACCUGAUCAAAUUUCACAAGAGAGUGAUAAACAAACCAUGCAAGGCUUGUUGGUCUUAAAAGAAAUAAAUAGAAUAUUUCGCUCUAAAUUAAGAGAAAUUACCACUACAACCGAUACACAAUUGAAGCCGUACAUACAAGGCUGGCUUCAAGACUUGAUGGAACAAAAUGAGAUGCUUGUCAGCGUGGUGGCAGAAUUGGAGAAUGAGGCGGCUAUGCGUGUUUCUAUGCUUGAAGAAAAAAUGCGUGGUAGUACCUUGUCUUGUGAUAAUAUAAUGCAAAAGUACAAAGAUAAUGUGCCAAUCAACUUCGUACGCGAAAUGUGCCAAAGAUUAAUGUUCCUUCAAAAUGAUGUUUAUAACUUGCUGGAGUUUAUAAAACGUAUACGUUACUGUAACAAUUGGAGCACGGUUGGUUUAAAAUUUUGUACUGUGGAUCCUAACGUAUUACAACCAUCGGAGUUAGACAAGAUUCAUGCUGUUCCUGCCGAGUUAACUACAAAGCUUUGCCAAACGGCUGAUCAAACGCAAUACAUCCAAAAUGAAAGCCUUAUGCAAGACCUAAACUUUCAAUUAAGUUUAAAAGAGGAGGAAAUAAAUUCUGUUAAAAAAUCAAUGUUAAAAGCUCACGAUUCCUUACUCGUCAAAGUGUCCGAGAAGUAUGAACAAAAUCUAGCUCUUCGGAAAACGGUACGGACUUUAGAAUGUGAACUUCGUGAAAUGUCAGAGGAGAUUCAAAAUAGAGAUAGCUUAAUUGCAGAAUUGCAAGUGCAACGAACAGAAAAUGUUGAAGACGGUAAACAAUUAGAAAACGCCAUGUUGCAGUUGGAAAUGAAAGAUGGCAUUAUUAAGCAGUUACAUGAUGAACUGACAAAAAAAGAAUUAGACUAUAAGCGUAAAUGUGAAGAAAUGCAAAAAUCCAUGACUACACUACAAAAGGAAUGUGAUUUGGCCAAACUUGAGUGGCAAGCUAGAAUUUCGGCAAGUGAAGAUCAAAUCGCACUGUUGAGAAAAGAAAAUGUUAGAGUUGUGAGAAUGUUAUUAGUUAACUUAUGUCCCAUUCUGUUUCAGGAAAAACUAAAAGCAAACCAAAAAAAUCUUGACAAAUUACGGCAUACUGUUCAACAAACAGAAGAGCAAGAAAAACAUUCCCGAGAGGUAUCAAAUCUAAAGAAAACCAUUUUGGAACUAGAAAAGAAGUUGAAUGGCAAGCAAUUUCAGCACAUCGAUUCAUCCAGUUUGGAACAAGCAAAUUUUACAAUAUCUCAACAGUAUCUAACGAUUUCAAAUCUGCGAGAUGCACUUACGGAAUGCAAAAGUCAAUUAGACGAAUUAAAACGAAAAUCUGUGAAUAAUUUUCAGGACCAUGCACAAUUAGAACAGAAAUGCGUGAUUUACCUUAAGAAGAUUCAACAACUCAAUUCACUAGUUGACUAUUUGCAAGAUGCAAACUUAAACUUGGAGAUAAACAUGUUUGAAUUUGUGCAGGAUAUUGCAAUUUUAGAAAUGCAGCUUUUCAAGUAUCAAUUGAGGUUGAAGAUUUCUAAUUCUGAUUUUACCAAAGGUAUAAAGCAAAGCACUUCACAUGUUGUGGCGAGUGCAGCUCAUUCGUCACCAAGCCAGAUAAUUAAGGAAAGCUCUUCUUCAAAUAAUGAUGAAAAAGUGGUGGAAAGUAAAAAACAAUUUGAAAAUGGUUUACAUGUUGGCGAAAAAGACAUAGCUAAUUUAUCUAAUGAUUUUGCGCAAUUAUGGAAAAAGUCUUAUGUUAUUCCAAAGGAAUUAGAUGGAAAUAAUUUAAAAUUACCCAUGAUAGAAGAGGUCAAUGUUUUAAGAAACGAAUUAGUUGGCGUUUUUCAUCGAUGUAGUUUAUUAUUGGCAAAGAAUGAAGCACGUAACUUGGAACUAAUGAACGUAAUUCACGGCGAACAACGAAAUGAAGUGUAUGAACACACUCUUUCUGAAUUACAAUCCUUACGUGAUGAAAUAACACAAUUGGAAUCGAAAAAUGAAGAACAUCUGAAACACAUUGAUAAUUUACAAUGCUCUUAUACACACCUACAACAUGAUUACCAAAAGGCUGUGAAGUUGAUAGAUAUUUUACAAAACAAAAUUGUUGAUUAUAAAAAUAAUACUGAAAAUAUUUCUGGUGAGAGUCGUAACGUCAUUGAUAAUGUGCGACGUUGGCUCGAACAUCAGGCCAUUAUCAAUCAACAAAUUACACAAAAGUUUAACGAUGACCAACUACUUAUACAUAGUUUAAAAGAAAAAGUAGUGGAAUUACAAGGGUUACAGUGUACAUGUAAAUCAAGUGAAAGGGAGCAAGAAUGCCCAGUUUCAUAUGCAUCUGAUACUGAUCAGAAUGAAGACUGGAUUUUGAUAAGGGUUUGGUUAGAAAAGGUGAAUCGAUUUACAAGAAAAUUGCAAGCGUCGAAUGCGUAUUGGGAACAUAAAAAGGCAAAAGAAGAUGAAGACUUCUAUGAUACAUCCUAGCAUUUUUGUAUGUAUAUUCAAUGUGUUUUAUAAAACCAUAAAAUCUAUAUAAACUAAUUAUAUAUUGGUAAAUUCGGGCAUUGAGUGAAUAUUUAAAAAAACUUAUAUCUUAAUCCACUGAUUGAUUCAAAGGUUUACUGUUUCAUUAUACAAAUCAGUUUAGUAUUUUUGUAGAUGUAUCUAAAUAAGUACAAUUUU